AUGGGAGACUUUUCGCAAUCCCGCGGCGGCGACGAUCUCUUUGACGACGAAAUCAUUCCUAUUGAGGAUCCUCCUCAUGGUAAAAUUACCACCGAGCUUGCGCAAGUCUCACUAGAGCCCACGCCAGUCCCUCCUCCUGUCGAGGCUGUCUCCGCAGCAGCACCACCUCAGUCGGAGGCUGUCUCCGCAGCAGCACCACCUCAGUCGACACCAUCCGACGCUCCAUUUCCGGGACGUGGUGGAGGUCCGAAAAAGCCAUCCACUGGAUUGGAGGAUUCAAAAUGGGCUACAAAACCUGCUGAGUCUGCGAAGCCGGCCCAGCGUACGAACAAUGCUUCAAAACCGUUGACUGAAGAAGCAGCUCAGCUUUCCACGACACAGUCGGACACAACUAUCACAGAUCAACCAGCGGAAGCUUCUGCUGGAGAUACCACAUCUGCCAACACUGCACCGUUAAAUGCCCUAACAGGUCCCUCGAAUCCUGCAUCCACACUCAAAACCCCCGCCCCGCCGCACACGCGCGCCCAAGCUGACGCGGCGAGCUUCGAAGAACGCGAACGCAUAGCCAAGGAGAAGCGGGAAAUUGAACGGAAAGACCGCCGUGCUCUAGAAGGAGAGCGGGGACGCGACCGGCCUAGAAAAUUGGGCGGUAGGGAAGGGAGAGAGUGGGAUCGGGACAAGGACGAUCAGGUCAUCGAUGGGAGGGGAGGUGGACGCAGGAAUUUCGAUCCACGACCUUUUUCUGCCGAAGAGGACGAUCUUAGGAAGUACGAGUGGCACGAGGGAGUCGUCGAGGUGGUCGAGGACGAGGUGGUCGCGGAGGAGGUAGAGGCGGGCGCGGUGGAUUCCGCGGACAACAUGGUUACGGCGGUGGCAGCGACGGUUGGACUUCGCACGCCCAACAUCAACCCGACGUGUCUGCCGACGCCGAUUUCCCUGCACUACCUCCGUCAUCUGCAUUCACAGCGCCCACGACAUCACCGUUUCCGAAGCAGGAAACUCCGGCCAGCACCGCGAAUGAGUCCGUGUCAAGACCAAAUCCCCUGCACCGCGAGUCGUCUGGCGGUGGAGGGAUUUGGGCUGAGUAGGUCGAGUCGAGCGAAUUGA